CCCCCUUCCUCGACGGCGUGAGCAUAGUUUUUGUUGGGUUCCUGAUCUGGCGAUGCUUCGAUUGUUCUUUCAGAAGCCACCGCUGCUGCCAUCCGCCAUACCGAAUUUCGUUUUCUCCCUUAUUUCUGCCUCCCUCGAGAAGACUCUACUUAAACUUGAGAAUCCACCGCCGCUGCCAUCCGCCACCUCGGAGCUCCGUUCCUCUCUUCUUGUUACCUCCGUCCAACAGAUUCUACUUGAAACUUGAGGUUUAGGUCCCCCUUCCUCCAUUAGGGUACGGCAAAAACUUCUUCGUAGGGUUCAAGAAAUCGAAGGUUCUUGCGGGAGCCUCCGCCGCCAUCCGCCAUCGCGGAGUUCCUUUUUUCCCCUUAUUUCUACCUCCCUCCAAAAGAUUCUACUUGAAACUUGAGGUCUUGGUUCCCCUUCAUACCCCCACUUCUCCGUUAGGGCACGCCAAGAACUUCUUUCUUUGUUGGGUUCAAGAAAUCGGAGUUCCUGAUCUGGCGAUGCUUCGAUUGUUCUUGCAGAAGCCACCGCCGCCACCAUCGGACGGUGACGAUGGCGUUGGUGGGGGUAACAGAGACGCCGUGGAGGCGACGCUCUCUCUCCUCCGGAACAUCGAGUCGGUUCUUUGGUCAGUUAUCUCCUCCUGCGGCCGGUACGAGGCCCGCCUCUGGCUCUGCAACACCGUCUCCUCUAUCCACUCCAUCGCCGCAAGGGACCAGCUCCACCUAUUCAUGGAACUCCUCAGAUCCGAGCGGUCCAAGCUGGAUGUGGCUUCUCGGCUUCUGCAGAUGAUCUUUGAGAAGCGGCCACAGAAGGCCGGGCGUAUCCUCGCGAAGCGGUGCUACUUGCUGGAGAAGUUCUUUCAAGGAAACCCGAGGCGCAUCUUCCUCUGGUUUGAUAAUUUCGCUGGCGUCGGUGAAUCAGGACAUCAAAAAGGAGCUAGGGCACUGUCCCUGUAUGCUUUUGCAAAUCGGGAUGUUUGCUGGGAGGAGCUUGAGUGGAAGGGAAAGCAUGGGCAAUCACCUGCGGUUGUUGCCACAAAGCCUCAUUACUUCCAGGAUCUGGAUAUUCUGCAGACCAUAGAGAAUUUUCUUGAGUAUGUUCCUGAUUUUUGGUCCUCCAGUGAACUUGCGGAGUCAGUUAAAGAUGGUGAGAUCCUGAAGCUUGAUUCCAAAUAUUUUGUAGAACAGUUUGUAGGAUUGAUGUACAAAGAAGAUUUAGAAGAUAUAUGGGCAGCAAUUGAAGAGUUUAUACUGGAGGAGAAUUUCUCCUCACUUUCACAAAAUCUUCUCAUUCUGCUUGAUGAAGAUAGGCUCCUAUUGUUCUUGAAAUCCAUCAGAAAAUGCAUUCAUUUGAGUGGUCAGUGCCAGGAUUUUGGAUACGCAUCUUGUUGGCUCGAGAAUCUUUUGGCAACAUGCGAUGACCAAAUAUCUCUUGAUGAACUUCUCUUAUUAAAUGCUGUUAUUGGUAAGGGCAGGCAGCUUGUACGCCUUUUGGCUGAUGAAGAACAUGAGGAAGAGAAGGGAAAGGUAGACACAAUUUUGAAAUCCAAAGUGACCCUUAGUGACGCAGACCAUUGGGCUCUUAUAAAAGAAUGUGUAAAUAUGAAGCAGCAGGUGGCUAUAAAAGUGGUUGGGCAGCUGUCUUGGGUUCUUCACUAUUUGUUGGCGAGAGAAUGCAUGACAGCACAAUCAUGGGAAAUUCUAUUUAAAACUAAUGGAAUACAUUUUCAGAAGGCUGAUGACUAUUCUUUGAUACAAGCUGAUGGAAUUAGAGAAUCUAAUCUUGAUAGUGAUGUUGAAGGUUGGGCAAGUGGUGGUAAAAAAAAGUGUAGGAGGGACAGGAAGAAAAGGAGGAAAAAGUAUCAUCGUGAUUAUAACAGUUCGGAUGAGAUUGAGAUUGAACAAACCAACGCAUGGCAAGGUUUGCAGGCAGGAAGGAGUUGGUUUCUUUCAACAGAUGGCUUUUCUUGUGCAUGGAAUAUUGCUGAUUUGCCUGAGCAUCUCUCUAGGCACUGCUUUAAAACCUGGACGAAGUGGAUUUACUCCAAGUGUUGAUCUUCCAGUGUUAAAAAUCAAAUUUUAGAUGUUGGGUUACAAAGUGAUGAGUCAAUUUUGGCAAGCAGCGUGCCGCAUUCACGGACGGUCAAUUUUGUUAUGCAGGUGAUUUGCUUUGCGCGGAGUCCGUCUGUCAUUUAAAUUCAACGAUGACGGUGUUCAUGGACUGUCAAUUUCGGUGUGCAGGUCGAAUAUAAUCAUCUACGUGAGGGAUGGGAAUUUGGUCAUUUGGAAUCCUUCUGACAAAUGACCGGUGUCUAGCGGGUUUGUACGUUCAUUAUUUCGAGGGCUAUACAACCAUUGUGUGUGCCUACUCAUCCUCCAAAACAACAUGCAGAAAGUUUAAAGGUGAAUGGCAUGCUGCUGGGUUGUGCCACAACAGCCUUUCCAUAUUUUUUUUUGCCGUUGCAGAGUGGGGGACUUUGAAUACUUCAAGCAAAAUGCGUCUUUCAAUAUUAUCGGUAUUUGAACAUUUUAUAUCAUAUGCGCCUUUCAUA